AUAAUUCAUAAAUUUUGUUUUCCAAAGUGACAUUAGGAUAGUGAAAGCUUUCUGUAACGGGAAUUCAGACUCUGCUAGGCUCACGCAAGUUACGAAAGGAUGUCCACAGAUCCUGAGACGGUCAGAAAGGCUCUGCAAAAGGAGGCGGAGGCUUACCGUGGUCAUCAAGGAGAACUCUCUAAACUAGCAACAACUAAGCGUGAUCUAACAGCUCGCCAUCAGGAGACUGAGACAGUACUGGAGGAGCUCAAGCUGCUGGACGAAGACGCCAACGUCUUUAAGGCUGUUGGGCCUGUGUUGGUCAAGCAGGACCUGCUGGAGGCCCGUACGAAUGUAACCAACCGCCUGGAGUUCAUCAAAAAGGAUAUCGAGCGGCUAGACAACCAAAUCAAGAGCGUGGAGAGCAAGAUGUUGGACCGUGAGAAGGAGGUUAUUUACCAUCUCAACAAUAAGAAUGAGGACAACGAACUUGACCUCGUGGAGCUUGCGGAGCAGUAUGAAACGGAGAUAGAACAGAUACUUAAAGAUACUGCAGACAAGAUAAACCAUUUCAAAGCACAACUUGACGCUGCAAACGAUGCAGCACGCAUUGCGGAGCUUACAAAGCAAAUUGAGGCGAAAUAUGAUGAUGAGAGAAGGCGCUGCAUCACAGAAAUUGAGUCCAUCCGCAAGAGGGCCGCGGAGAAAGAGGCUGCUAUCCAGAAGGCGGCCACGAAGCAGAUUGAGGGUUUACAGACCCAAGUGGACGAGCUGCAGCGGCAGCUGCAGGCUCGCAUCAAGGAGGUCAACAACAUGUCGCUGAAUGCAAAUGCUAGCAACCAGGAGCUGCAGGCGGCGCUGGCUCGUGCCCGGCAGGAGACCGAGGAUGCGAUUCAGACGCACAACAAAAAGUACAACGACAUGCUGGCGGAGCGCAUGCGCAAGGAGGACGAUCUGAGCGAGCAGCUGGAGGGGCUGCGGCGGCAGCUGGAUGCCGCGAACCGCAGCCGGGAGCAACUGGAGGCCGCCAGUGGGGAGGCCCGGACGCGCUGGGACCAGGAGCGGGCGGCGAUGACGGAGGAACGGAAGGCCAGCGAUGCCAGUUGGAAGGGCAAGGUGGAGGCACUGGUGGAGGAGGUGCAGAGGGAAAAGGCCGCGGGCAAGGAAGCCGCCAAGCGCGCGGCCGAUGCGGCCGCAGCGGCUGAUGCAGCCGCUACCCAGCGGAUCAAGCAACUGGAGGGCUCGUUGGGGGGAGUGGAGGCGCAGCUGCAGGGCAAAGCGGAGGAAGCGGCCAGGCAAGUCCAAUGGCACUGGCUGCAGGAGGAGCUGGCGGGGCUGCGGUCCAGCAGCGCCGCAAAGAUCUCCUCCCUGGAGGAGCAGCUGGCGGCGUUGAAGGCACAGCUAGAUGCGGUGUCGGUGGGCGCGGCGGGUGACAAGGAGGCUCUGACGGCGGCAGCCGCGGCGGCGCAGGCGGAGCAGCAGCGGCUGACGGCAGCCCUGAAUAAGACGGAGGGCGAGCUGGCGGAGGCGAAGAGCCAACUCAAGGCGGCCUCGCUCUUCUGCAUUACGGGCGAGCUAACGGCAUUAUGCGAACGGCGGUGCGUUGUGCGACACCCCCAGCUCUGUUUCCAAUAUCGUCCUCGAUCUGCCAAAGUUGUCGGCAACCGCUCUCAUGGGCAGGCUGAGGUGGGCAGCCUGACGCAGCAGCUGACCAAGACGCGACUGGAUGGGGACGCGGUGUCAGGGCAGCUCCGAAACCGUGUGGUUGCACUGGAGGAGGACCUCAAAAGGGCCAUCGCAAUGGGGCAGAGCGAUGCCCAGGACGCCAUGGCGAAGACACGAGAGCAGUACGAGAAGAAGCUGGCAGAGGCGGCGGAGGCGGCUAAGAAGGCGCUGGAGGUGGCACAGCAGGAACGGGACCAAGCGCUGGAGCAGGCCCGCAAGGACGCAGCGCUGCGGCUUGCAGGCGCGGAGGGGUCAGCCAAAGGCCAGCUUGACGAGCUGCGCAAAAAGUUGGAACAGGAGCGUGCUGCCGAGGUCUCCUCCCUGGAAUCCGCCCACGCCAAGGCCCUGGCCGAGGCGAAGGCGGCUCGGGAGGACCUGCAGCGGCGGCUGACGGCAGCGGAGGGACUGGCGGCGGAAGAGCGGAGGGCCAAGGAAGCCCUGGCGGCGGAGCUGGCGGAGCUGCGGCAGAAGCUAGAUGCCACUGGCAAGGACGCCAGCGCAGCCAAGGACCAAUUGGAGUCGCAGCUGCGCAGCCUUACCAGCAGCGAGGCCAAGCUCAAGGACGAGCUGGGCAAGGCCAAGACGGCGCUGGCGACGGCGGAGGCGCAAGCGGCAGACCGCCUCAAGCAGCUCACAGCACUGAAGGCCGAGCUGGAGGCGUCCACCAAAAAGGCGGAGGACGACCGCCGUUCGGCCUCCUCGUUGCUGUCCUCGGAGGUGAGCCGCCUGCGCGCCGAGACCGACUCGCAGCUGCGGCAGACCCGCAUGGAGGCGGAGGCGCGGCUGGCGGCGGAGUUGUCGGCGCUGCGUGCGCAGCUCUCCGCGGCGGGCGGUGCGGCGGAGGCGGCGUUGCGGGCGCAGAUGGACGACCAGCGGCGUAAGCUGGAGGCGGACAUGGAUGCGCAACGGAAGCGGGCCGAGGCUGAGGCGGAGACGGUGAAGGCGGCGCAUGCCAAGGAGUUAGAGGAGCUCCGGAAAAAGCACGAAUCGGAAUUGGAGAAGCUGCGCCUUUCUAAAGCAGACGCGCUGGCGGCAGCGAACGCUGCCGCCGCUGCAAGCCAGGCGGUGAAGGAGGAGGGCCUGCGCGCGGAGAUGGCGGCGGCUGUAGCGGCGGCGGAGGCGCGGGAACGUGACGCGGCAGAGGCGCUGCGAAGGGAGCUGGUCUCGGAGCGGGAGCGAGCCCUGGCGGAGGCGGAGGCGAGGCACAAGGAUGUGCUGGAGCGCGCGGCGGCGGCGGCGGCGGCGGCGAGGGAGCGAUUGGAGGUGCAUCACGCGAGCGUGGAGAAGGCCUUGGGAGAGCAACGGGCACAAGAUCUCGAAGCAGCGGCCAAGGCGCAACAGGCUGCCCUGGAGGCCGCCGCCAAGCGCCAGGAAGAGGCCCUCUCCACUGCUCGUACCGCCCACGCCGCCGAGCUAGCGGCGCUGCGUGGCCAGCUGGAUCGCGCCGACCGCGCAACAGCGGAGGCGACCAGGCGCGCUGCCUCCAUCGAGACAGAGCGCGCCGCGCUGGCGGACAAGGUCGACCAGCUGACGGCCGCCCUCGCCAACAAGGCCGCUGAGAUGACGGACACGGUGUUCAAGCUCAAACAGGACGCAGCGGCGGAGCGGGACGCGUUGCUGCGCUCGUACAAGGCCGAUAAAGAGGCCCUGAUUGCGGAGAGCGACCAGCUGGCGUCGCAGCUGCGGCAGCAGCUGGCGGCGGCUGAGGCCGACGCCACUGAGCGGCUAGCCGCGGCGGAGGCGGCGUACAGCGAGCUGCGGCUGCGGUUCGACGCGCGCGAGUCUCGGGAGGAAGACGUACGGCGGAUUUCGGAGCUUGAGGGCGCGGUGCGUAAGUUGGAGGAUCUGGUGCGGAGCAGCGAGGAGCGCAUGGCGCAGCUACGGGCGGAGUUGUUGUUGCGGGAGGAGAACUACAACAAGCACUUCAAGAACGGCGGCGCGGGUGAGAAGGUGCUCAACGUGGACUCUGCACUGCAUGCCAAAAGCGACGUGGUGGAUUGGAUGCUGGGCAACAAGAACAAGGGCGGCAGGACGUCGGGGCGAGAUGGAGGCAGUGGGAGAAAAUAA